AUGGCACGACCAACGGAUCAACAACCGAUAACUCCUUUACCAAAGAAACAGCUGUUCAUCCUGUGCUGUUGCCGUUUUACGGAACCAAUUGCAUUCACAAAUAUAUUACCCUUCUUAUACUUUAUGGUUGAGGAUUUCAAGUUAACGGACGACCCAAAGAAGAUUGGGUACUUUGUCGGAUACAUAGCUAGCUCAUUUGCUCUAUGUCAGUUUUUCACAGGACUUCCGUGGGGCUUUCUAAGCGACAGAAUCGGCAGGAGACCUGUGAUCCUUACUGGCCUCUUUGGCACAAUGACGAGUUCACUGCUUUUCGGUCUCAGUACUUCGUUCACUUGGGCGAUCUUGAGUCGUUCCUUAUGCGGAAUUCUUAAUGGAAAUGUAGGCGUUAUCAAGAGUAUGUUGGCCGAAAUAACUGAUGAAACGAAUCAAGCCACGGCCUUUUCAUUUUUGCCGUUUUUGUAUGGCAUCGGCAUAAUUAUUGGUCCUAUGUUGGGCGGAUUUCUUGCAAAACCUGUGGAACAGUACCCUGGAAUAUUUGGAAAUUGUCCCUUUCUAAAAAAAUACCCCUACUUUCUACCAUGUUUCGUGGCUUCGUUGAUUUGUCUCUUUGGAUUAAUAAUUGGAUUUUUCUUCCUUGAAGAGACGCUUGAAUCAAAGAAGAAACAAAAAUCAAAAUCAACUCUAUUCGAGCGCUCUGAUGCAGUAGAUAAGGAAGAACGCGCUCCUCUUCUUCCUAAAGAUGACCCGCCUCCUGAAAAUCCACCAUUCCGCGACAUUCUCUGUAGGCCAGUCUUGGUGACGGUCCUAAGCUACGUGCUCUUGGCUCUGCAAACGAUAAUGUACGAUGGUAUCUACCAUCUCUGGUGUGCGACUCCCGUCAAGUUUGGUGGACUUGGAUUUAGUACUAAAGAAAUUGGAAUAUCUCUGAGUUGUGCUGGGGGAUUUACUUUGUUCUGGCAGUUAUUCGUGUAUCCUAAAACACAGCGAAGAUUCGGAACAUUGAAUGGCUAUAAAGCUGCAUUAAGUGGAUAUAUACUAGUAUAUUUCUUCCAGCCAUUUGUUAACGUUGUUGCAAAGAAAAUUGAAGAGGGAGCGAUAACAAGUGGAUGGUUAUGGCCGGUUCUAUUGAUAUUCGUCUUUGGAAACAGGAUUUGUUGUGUUACAGCGUUUACUAGUUCUAUGAUUUUGGUGACUAAUGUAGCCCCAUCCAAAGCUCAACUGGGAAGUGUCCACGGUUUGACUCAGACAAUGGGUUCAGGCGUGCGUGCGCUUGGCCCCGCAUCAGCCGGCACACUCUUUGCAUUGUCUAUCCAGUCUUCGUUUGGGUUUCCAUUCGACAAGCAUUUUGUAUGGACAAUAUUAACUGUGGUUGCUCUAGUGUGUCGAUUAGAGUCGAAUCUGUUGAGAGACCCAAAGGCCAAAAAUAGCGGACAAGUGGUUAAGGUCGAUGAGGGACAUAAGAAAGGUCUAUAA